GAACUCAUGCGGAUAUACACCGCUGUGUAAAAUGGCGGCGUGAGAGAGAGGCUUGUUCAAAACACAGAGAUCGUUACCGGUGAAGGUGGUUAGCUAACAACCGUGAGACCGUCCGCGCUACGUGGAGCCGUCCGUACGUCACUCAGAGGUAGAGGUUGGAAUUCCUAUUCCAGAAAAGAGCCGGUGGGAUGGCGAAGAGGAUCGCUGACAAAGAGCUAACGGACAGGAACUGGGAUCAGGAGGAGGAGGGAGAGGAGGCCGGGACGUUUUGUGUUGCAAGUGAAGAUGUGUUGAAGAGCCGGGCGAUCAAGAAGGCCAAACGCAGAAAUAUUGGAGAGAGCGAGGGUAGCGGAUCCUUCAAAGGUUUUAAAGGCUUCUCUCUGACCUCGGCGGCGGCGCCGGCGGCGAGCGGAGGCUCGGCUCCAACGGCGUUUUCUGGUUUUGGGAACGGAGGCGGCUUCAAGGGCCUCGGCACCCUGACCAACGGGAACAGCAUCGCGCCUUCGUUCGGAGGCUUCUCGUCUCCCGCGGUAACGCCCACUCCUACGCCUGGUCUAACAUUCAAUGGCCCCGCCUCCGCUGACAUCACGGCCAAGCAGACCAAUGGCUCGGCUCCGAGCCCGACUCAAAGCCCGAGCCUCGGCGGCGGCGGUGUCAUCGUCAACGGCAACAACAAGGAGUACAGCCGGCAGCUCACGGCUCUCAACUGCUCGGUGCGCGACUGGAUCACCAAGCACGUGAACGGCAACCCUCUGUGUGAUCUCAACCCCAUCUUCAGGGAUUACGAGCGCCACCUGGCCAGCAUCGAGCGCCAGUAUGGAGCCGGGGGGGCGUCCGCUGACGGCGCAGGCUCCGAGGAGGAGAAGAAGAAGAAGCAGCAGCAGCAGCAGGGAGGGAUGCUGCCAACCAGAGCCUCUCCUCCUCCUCCUCCUCCCUCCUCCUCUUCUUCUUCUUCUUCUUCCUCCUCCGGUAGCAGAAGCAGCCCAGCCGCUCCAGCUCCAGCCGCCGCCACUUUUUUCUCCUAUAGCAAGAAUUCGACAGAAGACUCGGCCGCCCCCGCGGCUCCGAUGAACACCGGCGUCACGUUUAACUUCGGGCAGAAGGUGGACAGCUCCGUCCUCGGCUGCGUAGGGUCCAAGACGACUCCCCCCGGCUUCUCGUUCGGCUCCGGCGCCGCCUCCUCCUCCUCCUCCUCUCUGUUCGGAGCGCCGGGAGCCUUCGGGGCAAAGUCCGAGGACGCUCGGCCCGCAGACGUGAACGGAGACGAAGAGACGGAGGAGCCGCCCAAACCGGAGGUCAAAGAAGUGAAAGAGGACAACGCCUUCUACUCAAAGAAGUGUAAACUGUUCUACAAGAAGGAGUCCUCGUUCAAAGAGAAAGGAGUGGGAACUCUGCACCUCAAACACACCCAGGACGGGAAGAUUCAGAUGAUCAUUCGCGCCGACACUAAUCUGGGAAACAUCCUGCUGAACAUCAUGCUGCAGGCGUCCAUGCCGUGCUCCCGCGUGGGGAAGAACAACGUGAUGGUGGUGUGCGUCCCCAACCCGCCCGUCGACGACAAGGACCCCGGCAGCCCCGUGCCGCUGCUCAUCAGGGUCAAAACCGCAGAGGACGCAGACGAGCUGCACAAAACCCUGGAGGAGAAGAGAGGCUGAAACACACACACACACACACACACACACACACACACACACACACACACACACACACACACACACACACACACACACACACACACACACACACACACACACACACACACACACACACACACACACACACACACACACACACACACACACACACACACACACACCUUCAGUGGACUUCACCUGCUCAUCCUUUCAGACUCAUCCACCCUGUCAUCACGCUGGUUUUAUCCACACACACGCAGACAGACACAUACACAGACACACUCAGACAGACAGACAGACAGGCACACUCAGACAGACGCAGACACACAGGUACACAUACACAGAUGCAGAC